ACUACUUUCGAGCAGCCUUCAUGAGCAUGUUUGGAGAGCCCUUUGACUAAAGCUCAAUAAAUCAGGUUCCCACCUGCAUGUUCUAGGAGAUUUAUGUCACUCGUAGGCUUCGCAAUAAGGGAGGCAUUGGGCACAGCUGAUCAAGGCCUGAGUUUGCCUCAAGUACCAUGAAUCUGAAGGUCACGAAUCUGAAGGUCACGAAUCUGGAGUUUGGAUACUGCCAUGGUCUAACUUACAGCAACACUGAUGACUGAGGACGACGCUGUCUGCAAUCGGUUGCCCACAAACUGCAGUACAUCCUGACCAAGAUUCAUGGCCAUCCCAGGGGUGGGAGUAUCCUACAGCCCCCCCACAGAUCUCCAACGAGAAAAAGAAAAACACAGCUUCAAACACGGAACAGCCGAUGCUGGUUUUGACUCUGAGAGGGGACAGUUAAAAGGUUCUUGUCGGAGAAGACUAUCACUGAAGCGCCUGUGAAUAGUCACUUGAGACAAAAGGAAAGGACUUGACGACCACGAAGGCGAAGCAGGCUAAUAUGUUCAAGCAACCGCUUUAUAGGAGCUCGGCCAGGCUUUUUCUUUCACUGUGAGCAGGUUGGCGGAGUGAUGUAGUGUAGUGGUUUGGAUUUUUGAAGAGGUGGAGGAAGGUAGGGGAGGAGGCAGGGAGGGAGGGAAGGAAGGCUUUUCUACUUAGACGAGGGCGAAGGGACUGUACUGUAGUUUGAGCACCUCUUCGUCGUGUUUUUGUUUCCACGACUGCGAUGCUCAUGUUGCAGCUUCGCAAUGAUGUUGAGGUUGCUGUCAGGAAAGCCAGUGGAGGGGGUAGCGCGUGACGGAGGUGUUGGUGAGGUGACCUCAUAUCGCUUAUUUUUAUUUUUGACUUCAGUCUACCUCCUUGGGCUACAUAUUAGGUCAGAGAGUUUCCAUGGCUAUGUUUUCUUGUUAACAGUUCCGUCCAUGUGUCUGUGUUAAUGUCUUGAAAUGAAACUUGGUCUUCUGUCAAUAGUAUGGUGGCUAUUUUAAAGAACAUGUCUUAAGAGACCGAGUCUCCCUUAUUUUUUCGGUUCUGUCACGGAAAAAACUCCUGCAGUUUCUAGCUGGAAGGGUUGCGUUGUUGAUCUUUUGAGGCGUCUCAGAAAGGACUGCCUUGUCAAAGAUGACUGACAUCUGCAUUUGUCUCGCAUCAGAGACCCUCUCAGCUAAUGUUGUGCAGCCAAUUGCUGUUGAAUCAUCAAGCUUAAUUAUGUGUCACGAUGACAGACACGGCGAUGGGAAAAAAUUGCAGCGGUGCAUGCAGGCACACUAAGAGUAUUUUCAUUCAGGUGGCUUUGAUUUCUAGCUACAGAAAACGCCCAUCUCGUAAUUAAAAAAAUAUUGAUGGUAUGUACAAGAUAUUUGACUGAAAAGGCCUUGGAAUGCACACACAAAUUAUGGAGAGGGCAACUGGUGAGCUUCCGAAAGAGGUUCGGGAGAGUUUGCAAAGACAGCGAGGCACAGAACUAGCACGAUGGUAUACUUUGAGUGCAGCGCAGGAAACAGAUGUAUUCUCUAUGACUAUCCCUCUUUAGACCUAGCACUAGAGUCGAGUUGAGAUAAAAAAAGAAUUCAGCUCGAAGAUGGUACUUGAGACUAGGUUCCGUCUUAGAAGUAACAUGGUUAGCAGCUAUUGUGAGAAGAUGGCGGAUAGAUGAGAAAACUAGCAGAUAUUUAUGUUCAGUUAAGCGAAUUCGGGGACAACGAUGGACAAUUCAAGUUUGUUAUUUUUUCGAAUAUUGCGGAAUCAUAAAUUGAAACAAUGACGAAGGGAAGAUCACAGGCAUGGCAAGGCUCCUUUGUAUUGAGGCUUCAACUUAGGGAGAUCAUGACAACUGUGGCCGUCAUGCAUCGGCUGCUUUGUAGAAUAUGGUAGUGGUUUUGAGCAGAAGGAGACCAGAAUGAACAUCUCUAGGACUUUGUUUGGAUGGUCUUCCCCGCAUAUUCAACCACUGACCCCCGUGUCGGAGGUCUCUGAACCACCAGAGUCGCCGUCUCCUUAUAACCUUGACACUGGAUCAGACUUUGGAGAGCAGGUACAACAAGACUCCGUUGCAGAAGAAGUUGAAGAAUUAGAUCUGCCGUCGCCACCCACUGUUCCCUUCGCGAAGCUUUUCGUUUACGCAGAUGCCUUGGAUUGGAUUCUUAUGACCUUUGGCAGUAUUGCUGCAGCUGUCCAUGGGGCAGCCCUCCCUAUUUUCCUGCUUUACGUGGGAAAGAUAAUCAAUUUAUUUGCACUGUAUCAACAUGACUUGCAUUUGAAUCGUCAACAUCAGAUUUCCUCAGCAUCUCAACACGCGUUGGCCGACGAAGUAGAAAAACAUGCAUUGUACAUAGUUUACAUUGCUGUGGCCGUUUUUGCUGCUGGAUGGGUAGAGGUGGCUUGCUGGCUCUACACAGCGGAGAGACAAUCAGCUGUUUUACGGUCACAAGGAGUCCAGAUUCUGUUGCACCAAGAUCUGGGCUAUUUCGACCACUUUGCUGGAAGCGGCGAGUUCGUGAGUCAAAUAUCGAAAGAUGUCCUCUCUGUACAUGACAUCCUUAGUGAAAAGGUGGACAACUACAUCCACAAUAUGGCAACCUGCGUAGCCAGUCUCACAGUGGGCUUCAUUUGCUGCUGGCCUGUAGCUCUUGCGACUUUGUGCACAACACCCUUCAUACUAGCCGCAGGAAUCGUGUCUAAUCUGUUUCUUACUCGUCUUGCCGAACACGUCCAAGAAACUUACUCUGAAGCUGCGCUCAUCGCGGAACAGGCAAUCCUGUACAUCAAGACAGUGUAUGCUUAUGCAAAUGAGACGAUUGUGAAGUAUGCUUAUGCCAAUGCACUUCAGUCCACCCUGCAAUAUGGGGUGCAGAUAAGCCUUGUCCAAGGGCUUGGACUUGGAUGCAUCUACGGAAUUGCCAUGUGCUCAUGUGCAUUGCAAAUGUGGAUCGGUUGGUAUUUAACUACACGUCACAAAGCUAAUGCCGGACAAGUAAUUGUAACUCUGUUUGCCAUAAUCCUUAGUGGCUUAGGCUUGAACCAGGCAGCGACCAAUUUUCAGGCCUUUGAUCUUGGCAGAGCCGCAGCACACCGAUUAUUUGAUCGAGUUCUGAAGAGCAAGCUUCCAACCAACAGUAGUGUAGCAGCGGAUGACAUGGUCACUUUGAGUGACGUACAAGGCAACAUUGAGCUCCGGAAUGUUUACUUUAGUUAUCCGAGCCGUCCUGAUGUGCCAGUUUUAAGUGGACUUUACCUCACACUUCCUGCACGAAAGACGCUGGCACUUGCAGGAAGUAAUGGCUCAGGGAAGAGCAGUGUAAUUGCUUUGAUUGAGCGUUUUUACAGCCCUACAUUAGGUGAAGUUCUUCUCGAUGGAGAAAACAUCAGAAACCUCAAUGUGGAGUGUUUGAGGAGUCAGAUUGGUCUCGUGAGUCAAGAGCCUGCUCUCUUUGAGGGUAGUGUUAAAGAUAACAUUUUGUAUGGUCGAAACGCAACAACAGAUGAGAUUGAAGAGGCAGCUAAGAUUGCACAUGCACACACCUUCAUCAGUUCGCUUCCAGAUGCUUAUAAUUCCAAGGUUGGCGAAGACAGUCUGCUGUUCACCCCUGAAAAGAAGCUUCGAAUCGCCAUAGCUCGAGCAGUUCUCAAAAAUCCACGCAUUCUUUUACUGGACGAAGCAACAAGUACCCUGGAGAUGGAGGCGGAGCAGAGCGUUCAAAAAGCACUUGAUAUCUUAAUGCUGGGCCGGUCCACAAUCGUCAUAGCGCAUCGUCUUGUUAGCAUCCGCGGCGCGGACAUGAUUGCUGUCCUCGAAGAAGGACAACUCGUUGAGAUGGGCACACAUGAGGAAUUGUUGAGAGUGGAUGGAGCGUAUGCUGACUUAAUCCGUCUUCAGGAUACAGCAAAGCAGCCACGGAGGCCUCCGCCGAAGACGUUUGUACCGGCUCCACAUCAAGACAAUGUUUCUCCGAAUUAUAGCAGACCUGUUUCACCUCUACCACCAUUUUGCCUCGGUAAGAGUGUUCGCGAGCUGCCAGCCAGCGACAACAUGUUCGAAUCACCUCCACUGUUGGUUAGCCCCCCAGCAGAUCGGAAGGCAGACAACAUCGUUCCAAAUGAUCCAAAGUUACAAGAAACGAAAGGAGAAUCAAUUCUAAAAGCAAGGGAUGCUUUUGAUAACACAUACCUCAAGAGCUUGCCUCGAAUCGAUGUGCACCACCAACGUCAAAAGUCACACUACUCAAAUAAUUCAAAUCCUUCCACUCCAGAGUCGCCUAUAUCUCCUCUUUUGAAUUCCGACCAGGAUGAGAGAUCUCACUCCAAGACCUUCAGCAGGUCCCUAUCCCAGGCCUACGAUCUGAAUAUGCCUCUUGAGAAUCAAGUCGUCGAAAGUGAAGACAUUCCUUCGUGGUGGAGGUUGGCGAUUUUGAGCACUCCCGAGUGGUUCUGUGCAUUGCUCGGCAGCGUCGGGGCUUGUUUGCUGGGCUUUUUCAACCCUCUCUUCGCACUUUUGAUUGCACAGGUAGCAGAGACGUACUUUUAUGGAAACAAGAGAAUCAUGUGGCACGAGGUUUCAAAGUGGUGUCUGCUGGUGGCGGGUAUGGGGCUGGCCACUGUCCUUUUCAACUUCUUGCAACAUUUCUAUUUUGGCAUCAUGGGAGAGAAAAUGACUGAGCGGGUGCGCAGACUCAUGUUUUCAGCUAUUCUGCGAAAUGAGGUGGCUUGGUUUGAUAGAGAAGAGAAUAGUGCAGAGCUCCUGUCCAUGCGUUUAGCUAACGAUGCGACUUACGUCAGAGCAACUUUCAGCAACAGGCUGUCAGUUUUCAUCCAGCAAUUCACAUCAACAGUAUUGGCAUUGACUUUGGCUUCGAUCAUGCACUGGCGCUUCGGAUUGGUGUCCUUGGCUACUGUUCCGCUACUCAUUACCGCUUCUAUCUCUCAGCACAUGUGGAACUCGGGAUUUUCAGGAGACAUGAGGGGAGCCCACGACCGAGCGCGGCGAGUGUUGGAGGAAGCUGUGGCCAACAUUCACACUGUCAUGUCCUUCUCAGGAGGGCAGAAGGUGCUGCAGCUUUAUUGCCAGCAGCUCAAACAACCUCUUCGGCGAAGCCUCGUGAGGGGGCAAGUCUGUGGCAUUGCAUUCGGUGUAUCCCAAUUCUUCCUCUUUGCUUGCAACGCCUUCCUUCUUUGGUACGGCUCCCACGUCUUGCGCAGAGAAAGCAACACGAGCUUCCCAAAUAUUAUUAAGGCGUACCUUGUAUUCACAUUCACAGCAUUCUCUCUAAUAGAGGUCUUUGGACUGGGACCGUCUGUUUUGAAGCGGCGAAAGAGUGUAGCUCCAGUGUUCAGCAUCAUCAAUCGUCGCUCACAAGUGGAGGGGCUAGGAGAUGACGCUGGACAAAAACCAUCUCACCUCGUUGGCCUUAUUGAGUUCCGAGACUUAGAAUUCAGGUACCCAAUGCUACCAGAGUUUCCCGUGCUGACCAAGUUCAACCUGAGAGUGGCACCGGGUCAGACAGUGGCCCUCGUUGGCACGGCAAGCUCGGGCAAGAGCACAGUCCUUGCCCUCUUGAAUCGAUUCUACGAGCCUCUCAGUGGCCAAAUCCUGCUGGACGGCAACGACCUUGGUUCUCUCAAUCUCCACUGGCUCCGAAACCAUGUGGCCACGGUGCAGCAGGAGCCCGUUCUCUUCUCCACCUCCAUCAGGGAGAACAUCAUUCUUGGGCGACAUAAUGCUACCGACGCUGAGGUCAUCGAAGCUUCCCGGAUUGCUAACGCCCACCAUUUUAUUAGCAGCUUACCCCACGGCUAUGACACCCACGUUAGGAUGGCUAGUUUGCAGUUAACCCCAAGCCAGCGGUUGCGCAUCACCAUAGCGCGUGCUGUGCUGAAGAACGCCCCGAUCCUGCUCCUUGACGAGCCCACCAGUAACCUCGAAGCCGAGGCCGUGAGAGUCGUGCAAGAGGCAGUGGAGCAUCUCAUCACAGGCAACCACACCACUCUGGUGGUGGCUCACCGGCUGGCGCUUCUGAGACGGGUCGAUCUGGUGGCCAUGCUGCACGAUGGACAGAUUCUAGCGGAGGGCACCCACGAUGAGCUGAUGAAUCGGUGCGGCCCGUAUGCUCGCAUGAUGCAGCCCCAGUUCAGCAGCAGAUCCAUCAAGCUGCACCACUCCUCCAGCUGAUGCAUUCGUGUUCUUCACCGGCGUUGUGAUGGAAUUCUUUCAGAUUGAUGUCCUGUGCCUUGCCUUGCACUUUGUGAACUGUGUCGGAACUUGCCUUGCAUUGACUUGUUAUUUUAUUGCUGAAGCAUCAAAGCGGUCUUCAAACUGGGUUUCUUACCGACA